GCAAGGCCGUAUAAGAGAUGCAUAGUUUUGAAUUUUUGGUAUCGUCUUGAUGUGGUUGGAUUUCUAUUUUGAUUUUUGAACGAGGUAUAAAAACGGUUGAAAUGUUAUUGCCAUGCAUGUCUGUGCUGUGAGGAUAACUAAGAAGUAAUCCAAUGCUGGCGUUCUCGAGACGCCAACCGGCAAGACAAGUCCUAGAGGCGCCGAAAGGGCGAUGGCCUCGCAAUCACAGGAACAAGUUGCAGGUAAAUUCUGAGAGAAAAGGUCAUUGGAAUUGCCAACAAGAAGAAUAUACUGUCAUGAAUAUUCCACUGAUCAUUUUCCUGGUGAUGCUGGGAUGCUGCUCCAAUGUUGUAUUUUUGGAGUGUUUGACCAAGGUUCAUCCAGGCUGUGGAAAUUUGGUCACAUUUUCUCAGUUUCUUUUUAUUGCCUUACAUGGUUUUAUCUUCACCAUGAGGUGUGGCAAAGAGCAGUCCAAAAUCCCUUUAAGAGAGUACAUCAUUAUGGUCUGCUUGUUCUUUGGCUCCAGCGUUCUCAACAACUAUGCAUUGAACUUUGGGAUUCCAAUGCCUCUGCACAUGAUCUUCAAAUCGGGCUCGCUGGUGGCCAACCUGUUCAUGGGAAUGGUGGUGCUGCGCCGCUUCUACCCGCGUCACAAGUACGCCGCCGUGGCGCUCGUCACCGUCGGAAUCAUACUGAGCACCAUAGCCUCCCAGUCGGUGAAAUCUGCCGAGAAGCCGGCGGUGGAUGGUCCGACCAAAGCGCCCCCUUCCGGUCUGGACCGGAGCAGCCCGGCCACCCUGGCGCUCGGCGUGGCCAUCCUAACGGCGGCGCUGCUGCUCGCCGCUCGGCUGGGUAUCUUUCAGGAGGUGCUGUACCGUGACUACGGCCGACACUCGCAGCAGGCUCUCUUCAUAACGCACACUCUCCCCCUGCCACUGUUCGUGCCGCUGCUGCCGGACAUCUACCACCACGCCCAGCUGUUCAGCCAGUCGGAGCCCGUCCUGCUCGCUCCGUUCGGGGCCGUCCCCAAGCUGUGGCUGCUGCUCGGCUGCAACGUCGUCACUCAAUACCUCUGCAUCAGCAUGGUGUUUCGGCUGACGGAGCAGUGCACCUCUCUCGUCGUCACGCUGGUAGUCACACUCCGUAAGUUUGCCAGUCUGCUCUUCUCCAUCUGGUACUUUUCGAACCCGUUCGUGGCGCAGCACUGGCUCGGCGCGGCGCUCGUACUCGCCGGGACACUGCUAUUCACUGAUCCGUGUGGGAUGUUCGCCGUACAGACAAUUAUCUAGAUGGCAACCGCGACAACUAGCUAGAUAGCUACCCCGGACACUAGCUAUACAGCCACGCCAGUAAGUAGUAACGUGGCUGCGGUGGCAACUAAAUUGGAGGUUACCCCGACAACUAGGUAUAUAGCCAUCCUGCCAAGUAGCUAGCCGCGAUAUGGCCUUAAUCAGCUAGCCACAAUGUUGCUCAUAGCUACCCAACGCGGUGGAAACGAAGUUAGAAACGAAACGGUCUCCAGCUAGCCACCAUGGCUUCCAGUUAGCUGCGCUGCAGCCAGGCGACGGCCCUCCACCAGAGCAGUGUGCUCGUAUACGAGCUUUGCUGGUGACGACGGUGUGUUUGUCUCGAGACGGGUGUAUUUAUGUUAAUAUUUGCGCGCAUUUUGCGGCAUUUUUUACAUGUUGCUUAUACUCUGUGCCAUGCGCCAGUUUGUGUGCCAGUGUGAUUUAUAAAUGUAGUGUGGGGUGUCGGCAUGGGCAUUGCAAACACAAAAGUGCAUGUAUGCGUUCUUUCAGCUAAGGGCUUUAUCCUGUAUGAUCAGCCAGUGGGGAUGGUUUCUAGCGGCUCCUGCUGGCUAGUUCUGAACGGGGAGAGGUUUUCUGUGUGAGACCAUCCCGUAAGUCGUCGCGUUCGGCCGGGUAAGGUUGUGAUGGUUAGGAGGUCCAACUUGUUGUUCCGUCCGGUUUGGGUUGUAACACGCCGUGUGUACGUUUAAACUUUCAUGCAGUGCGACGGAAUGGGUAACCCUUGACGGGCAGCAGUGUGCAGGGUAUGUAGCCGCGGAGUCGGCUGGGCAUUGUUGUCUGACUGCCCCUCUCAGAUGACCCGAUGUCACGCCGACUGGCGGUCGGUGAUCGUUCCCGAUGCCGGUUAUCAUACAGGGUGCUCAACCGCGAGCUUGUUGCGGGUGUGACCGUGGUCCAUUUUUCUGUACAGGGUGACGCCAUAACUGCUUUCAUAAUGCUGUGCUGUUUUUGUAUCAUUGGGUCAGUCUAGCUGACAUUCAGUAGGAUGAUUAACAGCCACAGAACAUUUUACCUAGGCUAGUAUGCAUGUAUUCAUGCACUCAUUUCCGUGCAUCAUGCCAGUUUAGUUCAAAUACGUCCAAGUGUACAAAUGCUUCCUUUUUUAGCCUUUGUAGAUAUACAAGUUAUACCAGCGGGAACAGUUGUAUCUUGGUACAUUUGCUGCGCGUGGUUUCUCCCUAUUUAUGAUUUUAUCAUGAUCUUUAAUACACGAUUUCCCCUCAGA